AUGGGAACGGCCAGGUUCUCCUGUGUACCUUCCCAGGAAACGAUGCGCAAAAAUUCGGUCGGGAGGACGAUUGUGUCUCGACCACGGAAAUACCGACCGACGCUUGGAACCGCAUUGACCUCGACAUGGGGGCACCGGGGGAGUACACCGUGCAUUUCAACGGACAGCAGGUGGCAACCAAGGCGGACGUUUCGGACGGGGGGCGCGGGCCCACGUACCCGCAGUUGGGUGGCAGCUGCCGCACGGAGCAAGAACAGGGCGACAUCGGGAAAACCUGUGACGGCUACACGUUGUACAUCAAAGACGUGUGUCUCGGGGAGGCAACCGGCACCUGUCCCUCCGGCACGACGGGCAUUCCGCCCAGCCAAGCCCCGGCCUUUGCGACAGUUGCCGACGCCGACUCACCCGACGCAGACAGCCCGGGAGACCCCCUGCUGGAUCCCUCGCAAGAUCCGCUAUCUGAGCACGAGACCGAGCCGCCUGGGACGACGCCGGGGGGCACGCCAGGGGGCACCAGCCCCCCCUCGUCCGGUGCACCAUCUUCUGGCGGCGGCGCAGGCUCCAAUGGCGAUGCAGCAAACGGCGGGAGUGUUUCGGCUGGUGGUGGUACGUUUGAGAAGUGGACCCCGGGGGACGGGGAAACGGUAG